AUGGCCACAAUUGAAGAUAGCCUGCCGCCAAAGCAUCGUGCACUGGAUGUUACAUACAGUAAGAUUUUAGGUAAUUUCGAUUUUCGUGCAGCCUUCCAUACAAAGCAGUUAAGAAUGGUUGUAAUGGCUUUGCCGUUAACGGUGUCGGAUUUCGAAGGUGUAAUCAGUCGUGCUGCCGUGGCUGGAAACGAGACGUUGGUUUUCGUCAAACUAACCACUUGGCAGAGCGAAUGGGAAAAAAUUAAUGCCAAGAUCCAGGAAUCCGUGUUUUCCUUAAAGAAAGUCAUAUCUCUCCCAGAAGUGAAAUCGGGGGAAGUUUACAUUGCAAAGGUGAACGAUUCGUUUGAAAGAGCGUAUAUCAUUCGACGACCCAUGCCUGAAACAUACGCGAUUUAUCUUAUUGAUAAAGGCACGCAGUGUGAAAUAACAUUUGGUGAAAUUUAUGAAUAUCCACCGGAGUUAUUGGAAUUUGGGGUGUUCGAUUGUGUUUGCCCUGUGAUGGUACCGUCUACGGAAGAACUAGAUACGUACAAGGGUUUUGUUGGGUUCAAAUGCAAGUGCAUUGUAGAAACUGUAUCGAAGUCCGUAAUGAUAAUGGGAUUUAUUCGUGGUCGAUUACUGAUCAAUAUUGGAGGAAAUUAUGAAGAUCUUCAGGAAAUUAUUGAUGAGAAAAUAACAAUUCAUGGUAGCAGCAGUGGUCAUUCAUCAAUAAACUUGCACGUGUCAGGAAGUGAGCAAACUGUGCAGCUAGAGUAUAGUACUAGCUCAAGCAAUGAGUCGAUUUCCCGUAAGCCGUCCACUCAGGUCGGAUUGGAAACAAGUACCAGUCCGCUAUUCGUGUCUCAAAAUAGAAAAGAUUUCGCAGCUUCAAAAAGGGAGAAGCCAAAUGUGUUUAUUUACAAUAAUUGUCUAAAAAUAGCUUUUUUCUUAGCUGUUCACACAGUCCCAGAAUUCGUGGCAGGACACGAUAAAACCAAGGUGGGCACCCUGUUUAAUCAGAGAGCGUUCAAACAGUACGUACCUGAAAUGCUACCGAUAACGGUAGCUGCUCGAUUUGACAAGAAAGACCGUAUGAUGAACACUUUCUGGGUUGUCAAUAAGAAAAUUUUUGCAGAUGCUGAAAGAGCACUGAAGGAAGUAGGAGACGAACUGUCACGUUUCCCGCCCAUAACUCAAAGACGUGAAAAUAUUCGAAUGCGAGAUACACCUUGCAUUGUACGUGCUCGGGCCGACAUUACUCACAAAUCUCUCUAUCGUGCUGUACCAGCUCAGUAUGAUGCUUACACGAACAGGGUUUCAAUUUUUUUGGUGGAUUUCGGCUGGUUCAAGUGGGUGUUGGCUAGUGAUGUCUUUGACAUCUCCAGCAUGCAUGAGUCUAACCCUGUCCGAAAUCUGCCAGUAGCAAUGAUACACUGUUACGAAGAUAAAACAAGCACGCUUCAUGCCAGAGACCUCAUUAAAGGAACAAACUGCGAAAUAAUUAUCAAAGGGAAUGCGCUGGGAGACGUGUAUACGGUGGAUUUGGUGGAACCUUCUUUCAUGUCGGAUCAAAUAGAUGGUAUAUCCAAUGGUAUAUCCAAUGGUAUAUCCAAUGGUAUAUCCAAUGGUAUACCCAAUGGUAUACCCAAUGGUAUAUCCAAUGGUAUACCCAGUGGUACACCCAGUGGGCAACCAAUAAAUGAAGGAGCUGUGGCUGACAAUAUGCGGGAGACUGAAGUAAUUUCAUCGUGCAAGAAGCUGGUCACCGAGACCUGUCAGCGACAAUUGAUGACAUCGAUGAUAAUGGAAACAUUAAAUAUUGCCAGUCGUGAAUUGGCACAACAACCGCAAAAUUUCUGGCCAUCUUUCUACCGUCCAACCUUUCCAUUGGCGAUGCCUUUGAUGAUGCCAGUGGCGUUCCCGGUAAUGUUUCCGAUCCCAUUCCCGAACUCUAACCUUCAGAGUUCUGGAGACAACGUUGCUGUAAGACCUGGGAAUAUGAUGGCGAAUAAUUUUGAAAAUGUCGACUUCUCGAAUAAUAACUCGAGACCAGGCAUGCGUGGGACAUCAGCCAUACGUGGAACAUCAACCGUACGUGGAACGUCGACAGUACGUGGAACAUCAACCAUACGUGGAACAUCGACCGUACGUGGAACAUCGACCAUGCGUGGAACAUCGACCGUACGUGGAACAUCAACCAUGCGUGGAACAUCAAUCACUCGUGGAACAACCAUACGUGGAGCAUCAAGCGUACGUGGAGCAUCAAGCGUACGUGGAGCAUCAGGCAUGCGUGGAACAAAUAACCGUUCUCCAAAGACAGAUUACGUGCAAAGAAAUGGAGCCAGAUUCCAAAACAAGAAUUUUCAACCAGCAAAAGAAUGGUCACACACCGAAUCAGCAGGAGAAUGGCCACACACUGAACCAGCAAACGAAUGGCCACGCAUUAACUUCAGUUUCAACGAUGGAAUUGAUGCUGCUGCUAAUGAUCAAGACGAUACACCAGUGAAUAAUGACAUUUCUUGGGAUCUUCCGCCGAAUUCUAUAAAGCCGCGCCGAAAGAUUCAGAUAAGUUUGCCCAAUACUGCGCAGAAUGAUCAGCAGCCUACGGGGGAAAAGAACGCAGCAGCAGAUCCAGCAGUUCAUGAUGCAGCAACAGAUCCAGCUGUUCAUGACGAGCAAGACCGUGAUCCAUCGCCGUCCAGUGGCGAUUAA